AUGUCCGUAGAAUACAUGAAUAUUCCUUGGCGAGGGGGCUCUGCCACUAUAGCGCAGAUUAACUUGAUGCAAGCAAGCUAUGAAAUCUAUAUAAUUGCUACUGCUCUGGGAUCCUUGCGUAGAGAAAUCAUCGAGCAGACCCACAACAGCCCAGAAGUUUUUUAA